AAUUUCACCGAUUUUACCGUUAACCAAUUUCCGCCCCGUUCUCCUAGAAAAUACAUUUCCCUUUGUCUCUCUCUCUUCAUUUCUAAUUUUCUAUUUUCUCUCGCGUUUUCUCGCUCUCGACAGGAAAAAAGAAAGAGUACCUCUUCCUCGGUAUCUGUGUUGGUCCUUUUGGAUCAAGUUAACCAGUUUCCUGCCCACCCCCAAAUCAAUAAAAAAGGAAAGGAAAAAAAUCGUCAAUUUUUAGGCCUAAAUUCGAAGAGGUUUUUAUUUCGAAGCCAAGGGAGACUUUUUCGUAUAUUCUCUGUCGAUUGCGUUUCGUGUGAGUGUAGCUAGGGAGUCUUUAUUGGUGGUAAUCUUGAUCUUAAUGUGGAUUUGAUUACCGCUCUAUCCAGGUUUUCUUCUUUGAUCUAUCCUUUUUUUUCUUUGAUAUAUUUGAUUUGUCGCAAACCCUAGUUUUGGUUAGGUUGGUUUUGGGGAUUUGAAACCAAAAAAAAAAUUUUAAUUUGAGAUUAGCAAAUUUAAUUGAUUCCUUUUUUUUUUUUUUGUGCAUACAAAAGUUAGAUUUAGUUGAUGUUUAGGUUUUUUAAUACGAGAAAAACUCUGAAAUUUUUUGAUGCGUUAUUUUAGUUUGACAUCCAAAAUCGAGGGUUUCUUCUUGUUAUAUUAGAUCCUCCAUAAGAUUAUUACGUUUUCAUUUUUUUCUUUAAUUUUCAAUUUCAUUUUUCUUUCUUUUUAGUUCUUCUCAUAUCAAUCCAAAACAACAAAAAAAGAGAGAAAAGGAAAAAAAAAAAAAAAAGGAAGAAGACAAAUUUUUAGGGUUUGCAUUUAAAAAAGAUCGUAGGGUUUUUGGUUAAAUCCGUUGUAUAAUUUGAGGAUAGAAAGAAUCUGAGAAUUAGUUAUAAAACAAUGGCCUUGAAUUUUUCCCAUCGGCCGAUCUUUCCUGCUCAUUUGACUGAAGAGAACCUGGUUUCGCCUAUGAGAAUCGGGAAUGGGUUCCUUGUUGAAGGUAUCCCAGAGAAGAAUGGAGAUGGAUUUUCGAAAUCUUGGCAUUCCAAUUGUGAAAUGGAUAAUUGCUUUGAUUAUGGAAGGGAUUAUAGUGGUGAUGGAUGUGGUUCUCAGGAGUCUGUUUCUAAGGAUAUUCUUGAUCUUUUGCCAUCGGAUCCUUUUGGAAUGGAUAUCUCCACUACUUUCACAGCAAUUACUGGUUGGCUGGAGGAUUUGGAAGCUGAUUAUGGCUGCCAUAUGAGAGAUGAUGUGGGGACUGGUGAUGGCAGUUAUCAGCUGUUUGCAGGAUUGAAUUUUAUUUGGAACAAUGCCAUGAGGUUUCAAACGUUCCCUGGAAGCAUGGGGCUUGAAUGUAAAGGUAGUGUAUCUGGUGGAUUUGGUGGGUUUUCUCAGGCGAAUGAAGGAGGGGAUGUGUCUGGUAAUGCUGGUGGACCGGCUUGUAAUGUAGAGGACGUUUUGUGUUUCAGCAGUGAUGAUAUGGUUUCUGUUGAUCAGGAAUAUGAAGAAUUUCAGAAUUGUGAGGUUUGUUCUGAAGGAGGUGAAGGAGCUCCUCAUGAAGCUCUGAUUUUGGCCCUUGGUUACCUGGGUGUGCGGGAUCUUUUUGCCCUUGAAAAGGUUUGCACAUCUCUGCGAUCUACAGUUCAGAAUGAUCCCCUUUUAUGGCAGAGUAUUCACAUAGAUCAGCCGCUAAAUGAGAAGCUUACUGAUGAUAUUCUUUUGCAAAUAACUAUUAGGGCUCAAGGUAGCUUGCAAUGCUUGAGCCUGGUAGAUUGCCAAAGGAUUACUGAUGAGGGCCUUAAGCGUGUGGUUGAAAAUAAUCCAAAGUUAAUCAAGCUGAGUGUACCUGGAUGUACAAGACUAACUAUCGAGGGUAUUUUGAAUAGCCUAAAGGCUUUGAAAUCUAUUGGUACACAAGGGGUGAAGUAUUUGAGGGUUGGUGGGCUCUAUGGUGUGACACAACAGCAUUUUGAAGAGCUGAAGUUCUUGUUGGGCGUGGACAACAAGAUUCAGCAGAUUGUGCACAAGCUUCAUUUUUUUCAAAGGGGAAAUGUGUAUAUCUCUUGUGAAGAUGAUCGUGCCAUUGAUAUUGAAAUGUGCCCAAGAUGCCAGAACAUGAGGCUUGUUUAUGAUUGUCCUGCAGAGGGUUGCCAGCAGAAGGAGCAUGCUGCCCAGUUAUGCAGAGCUUGCAUUCUUUGCGUAGCACGGUGUUUUCAGUGUGGUCGGUGCAUUAAUGACAGUGAGUAUGAGGAAACAUUUUGUCUGGAGAAGCUUUGUUCAGAUUGUUGUAAGCUACAACUCUCAAAGUGCCAGGAGAGGUAGAAUAGGAUGAUUGAUCCAUCUAUUCUACCUGCUCUCCAACAAACUGGCAACCUUCAUCUCCAUGGCUAGACUGAAAUAUUUACUCAUUUUCUGGUUUCUAAUUGUGGCUAAGAUGUUGCAUUUGUGAAUUAGAGGGAGCCAGGCAGCAAUGUAAAAGACUAUGCCAUAUUGGGUCCUCCGAGCCAAGGAUUCAUGAUUUUUAGAGGAGAAAAAGACAAUAAAAUCUUUCGUUGCAUGUAUUGUCCAGGACAAAUAAUCAUGUUUUGGUGGUUUCUAUUGUUAGCAUUGGCCCUUGGUAUACAUCUUUGUGUUUGCUUGUGGAUGGUCUAUGCUGAAGUUGGGUAUGGCAUGACCUUGUGUUGUCAGUAGUAACGUGGAAAUGUGAGAUGUCAACUUGAACGGACUCCCUAAGCGAGCUCAUCAAUUUGUUACUGUAGAUUGAGAAAUUUUUUUGGCCUUUCUGUUGCCAGUUUUGUUGUGAUCAACAUUCUUGCUGUGCUGCUGCACUUUGCAAGGCAGGACCACCUGGAAGUAUAUUAUUCUACGUGGUUCUCUGUGGAGUCUGUUUAUGGAACCUCUCUUCUCUGAGCCGGGAAAUCUUAGCAGGUGCAUCCAAUAUCUGUUAUAUUGAUCCCUGCUUUUUUCCUAACAGUUGGAAUUUAUCUUUAUUGGAAUUAUCAAUGAUACAAUGGUACUUGUUCUUCCAUGCUUAUGAGUAAGACUUUCUCUUUUCAUUGUUUGAUGUAAAAUUAUAGAUGGUUGCUUCCCAUAAACGUGCAGUGUGUUGGGCAUCACAGAAUAGUAUGCUGACUAAUGUAAGAUACGAAGUUGAAUGUUGUGAAAUAAAGUUUAAAUUUGACA